CAAUUUGAGGAGGUGGAAACUACUGUCCUAGGACUGAACAGUAACUAUGAUGAGGCAGUCAGCAACAUUUCUUCUGCCUCACCGAAAGGUCAAGUGAAUGGAAGUGCAGAGUCCAGAAGCAAGCGGACUAUUCGCAGGCCUGCUUACUGGUUGGAAAUGAGAGGAAUAAAAAACAGCAUAAACAAAUCUUCAGGAAAAAAAGGAGAAGUACUAUUGAAAGGCAAGAGGAAAUCUGAGCAAGAGGAAGGCGAAGAUCUUAAAGACUCUCCCAAGAAGAAGCAGAAGAUUUCGGGAAGAAAACAGCAAGCUGGAACACAACAAAACUCCAAAACAAAAGGCCACUGUGUUCAGAAAGAACCAGAAACCUAUGGCACAGGUAGCAUGGAAGAGCGAUGGUCUUUGGAAAUUCAGGACAAAGGCCGAGUUACCUGUCCAACAUGCCGGGCUGUGGUGAGAAAGACUGUAGAAGGGCUGAAGAAACAUAUGGUAAAUUGCAGGCAGGAAAUGUUCACAUGUCAUCACUGUGGGAAGCAACUGAAGUCUUUAGGAGGAAUGAAAUACCAUGUCAUGGCAGACCAUAACAAUCAGCCAGUUGUGAAGGAGGGAGGAGAAUUGGAUGAGCAGCUUGAGCGAGAUCGCCUUCGGAAGGUUUUGAAGUGUAUGGGAAAAUUAAAGUGUACAAGGGAGGGCUGCACAGGCAGCUUCACUAGCAUAAUGGGAUACCUAUAUCAUGUUAAAAAAUGUGGAAAGGCUGCUUCUGAGCUGGAGAAAAUGGCUAUGAAGUGCCAUCACUGUGGAAAAGCAUACAAAUCAAAGGCAGGACUUGUCUACCAUCUCCGAUCUAAGCAUGGGCCGGUCACUUUCCUCCAUGAGGAGAGAAGAACAGAGAGCCUGAAGGAGAUAAAACGGGAUACAAGCAACACAGGCAGAGUUCAGAGGAGAUCUGCAAAGGUGGCGAUCUAUUAUCUCCAUGAGCUAGCUGGAGAAGAGCUGGCCAAAGAGUGGCCCAAGAGAAAAGUUCUGCAGGACUUGAUUCCAGAUGACCGGAAGCUGAAAUAUACUCGUCCUGGACUGCCAACAUUUAGUCAAGAUGUGCUAUGCAAAUGGAAAACGGAGAUAAAGAUGUACCGAAGAGUCCACUGCCCAAAUCAGGGUUGUGAAUCUGUAUAUGGCAGUGUCUCAGGACUCAAAUCUCACCUCGGCACGUGCACCUUGGGAGACUUUGUGGCUGGUAAAUACAAGUGUCUCCUGUGUGAGAAGGAGUUCAUUUCAGAGAGUGGGGUCAAGUAUCACAUCAAGUCUGUGCAUGCUGAGGACUGGUUUGAUGUGAACACAACUACCACCAAAAGCUUUGAGAAGCUAAUGAAACUCCGCCAAAGAGAAGAGCAGAGGAAGCAACGGAAGAAACGUCCUUUGGCCCGAGGCAAAAAGAAGAGAACUGGGACCCUGACUUCCAAGAAGCUCCCCAUUGCUGGAGUUGAAAAAAUGAGGAGAAGUAAGAGAGGUCGUCCACAGCGGGUGGACAAUGAGAGCAUGAGUAGUGAGGAGGGUGAGCCCCAAGUUGCACAGAGAGAUGAAUUUCCAAAAACCAGCCGCAAGCGAGGCCGGAAGUAAACCCCUAGAAGAAGAGAAGGAGUAAUCCUAAAGCUUUUCAGUUACAAGCCCCACUUCUGUCAGGCUCAUAACCCACAGCACCAAUAUAAGCAACUGAAUGUCUUUGGGACUGUGACUCCAUUCUACUCAGAGACCUUGAUUUUGAAGCUGUUGCCUCUGGUCAGUUGUGAGAGACUUCAAACCAAAGCUGUGGUACAGAGGCUGCCUCUCCUAGUGUAGUUCCUUUGGA